UCGCGCUCGGCGCCGCGACGGUCGCCUCCGCUUUCCGCAGUCUAUGAUCGUGUGUAUGCAUGGCGCAAGUGCACUACUAGUUGUGUUUGCCUCUGAUCCCGCAUCCCCCGCCCGCUUCCAUAUAAGCUCUGCCAGAUUGCCCCCGUCCGCGGAUUCUUUCCUUGAGCACGGCUAUCAACAGGCGCUCAGCGAUUUCGCCCGUUUAUUCUCCUUUUUCGGGGAUUGUUUUGCUUCUGUUUGUCUGCGACUCGCGAACGCGUCUUUCGUGCGUCCUGCGUUGAUCUAGUUCCGCUACAGUCGUUUCGGCGUCCCACCCCCUCGUCCGGCCGGGAAAAAGCACCGCAGUGCGCCCCACCCUUCGUCUCGCGGUCCUUUCGUUUCCACCCGCAGAACACGUCUUUUUCUGUUGAAUUUUUCUUGGCCGCUUCCUCUGCACUGUGCUCACGGGUCCGCAACCCAAUCCGGGCGGCGUGCUGCGCCACCUCGCUUCUCGUCGUCCUGCUCUUUCCUCCCGCCGGUUCUGCCUCCGCGUGACUCGCAACUGCGGUUCCAAGCUUUUCGUUUGAGAGACACUCGAGAAAGUUGCUGGUGCCUCUUCCGUUCCCAUCGUCGAACUCUUUGGCCGUGCAAGCUCUCCUUCCCCCACACCUUUCCUGCAAAAUGUAUUUUGGCAGCUUCCCCUUCGGGGACGACAUGCGUGGACCUGGUCCGCGACGGGGCGGCAGCAAAGAGAAAAACAACACGAAAUUUUACGAGAUCCUGGAAGUUGACCGCACUGCGUCGGUUGCCGAUAUCAAGAAGAGUUACAGAAAGCUGGCCAUCAAGCACCACCCCGACAAGGGCGGCGACCCUGAGAAAUUCAAAGAAAUCUCUCGGGCAUACGAGGUUCUCUCGGAUCCCGAGAAACGGCGGAUCUACGAUGACCAUGGCGAGGAAGGUUUGGAGAACGGAGGCGCGGGCGCCGACCCCACAGACAUCUUCGACUUGUUCUUCGGAGGCGGCCGCCGCGCGUCUCGGCAGCCGUCCAAGAAGAAGGGAGAAGACAUCGUCUCUGCGAUGAAGGUUACCUUGGAGCAGAUGUACUCUGGAGCUACCAAGAGAAUGGCCAUCAACAAGGACGUUCUCUGCAAACAGUGCAACGGCGUCGGAGGUCCUGCAGAUGCUCUCACCACCUGCCACGACUGCGACGGCCAUGGAGUCAAAGUUGUGACGCGUCAGAUCGGCCCGAUGAUUCAGCAGACGCAGAGCGUUUGCCCCGCUUGCAAGGGCGCUGGCAAGUCGAUGGACCCGAGCAAGCGGUGCAAGUCCUGCACAGGAAAGGGGGUCGUGAAGGAGAGGAAGAUUCUCGAAAUCUACAUCGAGAAGGGCGCCAAGAACCACCACAAAGUUAUUUUCCGUGGUGACGCGGACGAACGGCCGAACGAGAUCCCCGGAGAUGUCAUCUUCAUUUUGGAGCAGCAGGAGCACGCUGUCUUCAAGCGUCGGGGCAACGACCUGUUUAUGACGAAGAAGAUUUCUCUCCUCGAGUCGCUCUGCGGCUUCAAAUUUGUGUUAACCCAUCUCGACGGACGUCAGCUCCUGAUUCAGAGCCCCCCCGGCACCGUCACGAAGCCUGACGCUGUGCAGAUCAUCAAGGGUGAAGGCAUGCCUCAGCAGAAGAAUCCGUUCUUGAAGGGCGAUUUGUUCAUCGUGUUCGAGGUCGAGUUUCCUGAACACGUCAGCGAUGCAGACGCGAAGAGUCUCAGUCAGAUUCUCCCAAAGCCGACAGAGGCAGUGAUGGUCAGCGAAGAUGAUCCGCAUGUGGAGGUGCACGUAGCGGAGCCAGUCGACCCAGACGAGUUGCGAAACCGUCAGCAGACGCAGCGAAGCGGCGAGGCUUACGAGGAGGACGAUGAGGACGAGCAUCCGGGGCAGCAGCGCGUCCAGUGCCGACAACAGUAACGGAUUCACAUAUAGGGAAUGCGGGAGACGCAAGAGGCUCUGGGAAGCAGAAAAGUCGCGAAAGAGACAUGCGGUGGUAGAGGAGACUUUGCGGGGAGAGAAGCUGAGGGGAGAACGGAGCGAGAAGAAAGACGAUCGAGAAGAAAUCGUCUAGGGAAGAACAGCUAGAGCGACUUCGGGAGGGAGGGUCCGGGGAGAGAGAGAGAGAGGCUUGGUGGAAGAAGGAGAAGACCGCGUAUACACCAAUAAUUGGUUUGGAUUGGGACGAGAGGCCCACGAGAAAGCGUUUUGCGAGAGUGUGGCAGAGGGAGGUGUGCUGAGGCGAUCCCCGGCGUUUGCUCGCAGCCGCGGCUUCCUACCUUGUGGCGCAAAAAGCGAGCGGGGGGGGGGACUCUCGCAAAAACAGACGUUGAGAGUGGGAGGAAUUCAGGUGAAAACGUUCUCUGUCAAGCGGACUGAUCCUCUCUCUGAGUGCACGGGGGUGGGAUGCAAGGAUGCGAAAGGAGGGAGGAAACUGAGUUUAGAGGGGUGGUGUAAGAGGAACUGGCAGAGGGUGACCUCGGCCUUCGAGGCGACGGGAGAAGACAUCCAGCUGGCCUUUGCCGAGUCAUGUACAGUGGAGAAACAGACACACCGCGAGCGGCGGAAACGCCGCCUAUGGUGUGUUAGAGACAGGCUUUCUGCUUUUCAUGCGUUCUGCGCUGUACCUGUUGCCGAAAAGUGUACGGAGAGAAAAAGUGACGAGUCCGGAGUCGUCUGGUGAGAGAAGGCGGUUUGGAGUGGAUCUGGCUAGCCCAGCCGUGAAGCUUCCCGAGGGAAAUACCGCGGAGCGAACUCUUCUUACAAAGUGAAGUGCGACUUCGUAGCGGGAGAAGAGAACUGCGCGGGAAAGCGAGAGUUCUUGAGGUGUACCGACACCUGGAGGGGGCAUGCCGGCUUGGACUGCGUCGGGAGGCGUGCAGCAGGGAGUGGGGGGUCGAAGGGAAGGCGAAGAAAGACAGACGCAGGAAAGCGUUUUUCUUUCGAUAAAGAGGCAGAACGUCACGCUCCCCCGGUCCACAGGUUUCCUCUCUUCUGUCUCUGUUUUUUCGGACGGCCCGCCAGUGCUUUUCUCUGAGUCCCCUCGUCCUGUGUGACGUGCUGAGUAGGCUGGGGGAUCCGGGCAUGUGAGUCAGCAGCAUGCUCUCUUUUUGGAGGGGAGUGUGAAGUUGGGUGCGCUGUGUCUGUGGGCCGGAAUGGUCCUCGGAUUCUUUUCGCGCACCCCGGUCUGUUUAAAAAGUGCAGCUGUUCACUCGUGUUCUUCUGUCCCCCGUCUCUCUUGGUGUGUUUCCUGCCGAAGCCCUGAUAAAGGGGCGUCGUUCGUUUGACCUUCUCACGGUUUUCAGCUUCUUUCUGGUACGCCUCCGACCAGCGUCCGUGUAGACCACACGCGCUUUUGUGUUUUUUCUUGCCUUCACGCCUGUGUCUCUCGUAAUGCAAGAAGCAAGCACCAACGUACUUGCUCCUUGUUGCUCGCUUUCUUCGCACAGUGUCGGCAGCCGUUUCGCCUCCGCGCGUGCGAUGAAGACGACAUAUUUCUUCCUUAAUGGAAAGGAACCAUCACACUUGCUUCUUCUGGGCAAGUCCCGGUGUCUUGUUGAAAGUGACUGACGUCACAGACUCGACAAUUCACUUGGUCAACUGUGGCAGUUUGAUAGUUCUCUGGAGCGCAGUCGAGAACUUGACGACGUGGUUUGUUCAGACAAGAUAAAAAAAUCACGGAGAGGAGGAACGCUUACUGCUACGCGAAAAGCAUUUUCCGCAGGAAAGCAGUCUGUUUUUUUGCCCCGCCAUCCGCCUCAGGCGUCGUGGGUCAUUAGAACGAGUUCGACUCCGGCGAUAAAGUCCCGAACAGCUGUUCUGCACUUGGUUCCACUUUCCCCAUACCGCGUGAUCAAAUUGGUUUUUCUUUCCAAGGAUUCCCAUGAAGUAAAAACCGCCGAGACACGCGAAUAACACAUCGUCCCGGAUGGAAGCUACGCUGGCCGCCUCUCACUUCCAUGGCACACGCUUACGGAAGACAUGGCGACCGGAGAAAAUGGUAGCUAGAGCCGCCUGCGAUCUGGUCUCUGCCGGUUUCGCUGCAGCUCCAAAGUAUCCAUUCGGUGCACAGCUUUGAAGGUACGGGAUUGUAAUCAAGAUGAUUGCUACGGUUUUAACGAUACUGCCACAGGACAGCAGUGUGUCGCGAUUUUUUGAACGGGAACUCAGAAGCCAUGUGGCACCAUUUCGGGCGCCGAAAUAGUGUCUUGAAACUGGGAUAUUGGGUCAUAUUCCGGUGGUGAGAGUUACAACCGUUCUAGUCUUUAUGACUGCAAUUCUGCAAGUCUACCCAGUCAUGUUCUCCAGAUGAGAAUGUGGACCGCAGUGCCAGUGUCACGGAUGGUUGAUCGCGUGAGCAGCAUACUUCACUAAGUUUACGAACGAACUGGCGAGCUUUCUGGCGAAGAAUGCACCUAAACUAAAUUCCGAAUA